ACACUAAUAUUAAUUUUUAAUAAGUUAAAUAUUAAAAAUUAUUUUAAAGCAAAUUAAAACGUGUUAAAAGAACUAAGAAACCCUAUCAUGUUCAGCUUCUCAUCCCUUCACCUUUGUGUUCUCCGCCGUACUGUUCACCUUCAAAUUUCCACGAAGAAAAAAGUUUGGAAAAUUCCCAGUUCUUACAUCCCAGCAUUAGCGUCUCAAAUCCAACCAUAUUUCUCAAACAAUCAUGUCCCGGUUUUUCCAAGGAAGCAAUCGCAGAAAAUCUCCGUUCAUCCGUGACGAAUGUAGAUGUGGGUUGGAGGCACCGUUGAUGACGGCAUGGACCUAUGCUAAUCCGGGACGUCAUUUCUAUGGGUGUGGAAUGUAUAAGGGGCACACAAUGUGUAUCUAUUUUGUUUGGUACGAUGAAGAGAUGUCUCCAACAUCAAAAGAGUUAAUUAUAGAGAAGAAUAAAGCCAAUGAAUUCAAGCUGAAAGAGAAUGAAUUGACGAUGAAUAUGAAGUUUGUGAAAAUGCAGUUCAAAUUUAUAAUAGGGUUGAGCAUUGUGUUGUUAAUGGUACUAGUUGCAUCAAGUGUAAUGAAGUAGGAAUUAUCAUUGUGGUUUAGGUUUUGAAACAACCAUGUUGUCAUGUAGUUGUUUAGUUGCUUAGGUUUUGGAAACAACCAUGUUGUGGUGUUGUUGUUUAGUUGCUUAGGAUUGUGAAACAACACUGAUGAAAAUCAGGUACUGAUAAAUUAUGAAUGAAGAAAAUA